AUGUUUACGUGGGACAACUACACGCAGGUAACUGAGUUUAUCCUCCUGGGUUUCCCCGGCUCUCUGGGGCUCCACCUCUCCCUUUUCAUGUUGUUCCUGCUCGUCUACUCUUUGACCGUCAUUGAAAAUAUCAUCAUCAUCACUCUGAUCAGGGUCAGUCCUUCUCUCCACAAGCCAAUGUACCUCUUCCUCAGUAACCUGUCCUUCCUGGAGGUGUGGUACAUCUCCGUCACUGUGCCCAAGAUGCUGCUUACCUUCGUGGCCCCCGAGUUUGGACGCAUCUCCUUCGUGGGCUGUAUGGCCCAGCUCUACUUCUUCCUGGGGCUGGCCUGCACGGAGUGCUCCCUCUUGGGCGUCAUGGCGUACGAUCGCUACGUAGCCAUCUGCAACCCACUCCGCUACCCAGCCAUAAUGGACCCUGGCGUGUGCCUCCGCUUAGCGGCCAGCUCCUGGCUCAGCGGCUUCACCAUCUCCCUGGGAAAGGUCUUCUUCAUCUCACGCCUUGGCUACUGUGGGCCCAACGUCAUGAAUCAUUUCUUCUGCGAUGUGUCCCCACUGCUGAACCUCGCCUGCUCCGACAUGUCCAUGGCCGAGAUCGUGGACUUUCUCCUGGCGUUGCUCAUCCUGAUCGUUCCACUCCUGGUUACCAUCUUCUCCUACGUCUCCAUCAUCUCUACCAUCCUGAAGAUCCCUUCAGCCUCAGGUCAGCAGAAGGCCUUCUCCACUUGUGCCUCUCACUUGGCCGUAGUGGUCAUCUUUUACUCAGCUUCACUCUUCAUUUAUGCCCGGCCCCGGGCCAUUUAUUCUUUUGACUAUAAUAAAUUGGUGUCGGUAGUCUACACUGUACUCACCCCACUCCUUAACCCCAUUAUCUAUUGUCUGAGGAACACAGAGGUGAAGGUUGCCCUAAAGAAGACAGUGCAGAGGAUGUCAAAGAAGAUGGAUGCUGUCGCCUAG